CCGGACUGCAGUUUUUGUGGGGUCUAGGCCAAUCGAGAUGAUAAAGACGGGACUAUAUACAUCCAGUCCGGAGAAGUAUCAAGGGAUUCACGGUGAGUGGUAUGAGUGGCAAAUUCGUGAAUGUCGAGCACAACUUGUGCCAUUAAAGGUCGCUCGCUCACAGGCAUGCAUUGCCACUUUUGUCACCACGCUCACGCCAGCUCUGUUCAGGCGCAAGAAGUCUGCUGCGCUUCUUAUACCACCAGAGGCUGUACCCAUCUUGGAUGAUAUUGUUGUCACCUUUAUCUACUUCGAGAGUCGGUGGCGAGAGAGAGAGAUAGCAAGAUCUCGGUCGUGGGACCCAGGUUAUACUGCUGGCGCAGCCCUCUAAUGGACCUUGUGUUGAUCAGAUAUUGUAUAUUUCUUAUGGGCAUCUAGUUGUGUAUGACUAUCAACCUGAGUGGAAUACGGCUCUACUUUACAAUGGACCGCGUAGAUCUUGCAAUGAAACCGUCGAUCUUAUCUAUUGUUGGAC